GCGGGGCACUGUGGGACACAGUGUGGGCAACGUGGGGCGGGACGGAAGCCUCUUUGGGUCAGACUGUGGCGACGCGGGAAGUCCGGACGCCGUGGCGGCCUGAAGAAGAGGCUUGAGACUGCGGCGCGGGGCGCGGCGCCGGCGGCAAUGGCGGAGAGGCCCGAGGACUUAAACCUGCCCAAUGCCGUCAUCACUAGGAUCAUCAAGGAAGCGCUCCCGGACGGUGUCAACAUCUCCAAGGAGGCCCGCAGCGCCAUCUCCCGCGCUGCUAGCGUCUUCGUGCUGUACGCCACUUCCUGUGCCAACAACUUUGCAAUGAAAGGGAAACGCAAGACACUGAACGCCAGUGACGUGCUCUCAGCCAUGGAAGAGAUGGAGUUCCAGCGGUUCGUUACCCCGUUGAAAGAAGCUCUGGAAGCAUACAGGAGAGAGCAGAAAGGCAAGAAGGAAGCUUCAGAGCAAAAGAAGAAGGACAAAGACAAAAAAACAGAUGCAGAAGAGCCAGACAAGAGCAGGGAUGAAGACAACGAUGAAGAGGAGGAAAGGCUGGAAGAAGAAGAACAGAAUGAAGAGGAGGAAGUGGACAACUAACGGGAUGGGAAGACUGUGGCACCUUGGAAGGUACCACCCUGAAAUGUGGUACGUUUGUGAGAAGCUUUUCCCUGCUGGGGCGAGUAGUCUUAGCCAGAAGAGCCUGAGAAGAUCAAAAUAAAACUGACUAAAAUUGUCAAAACCAGCGCUUCCGUCAGAGCAUCGGCGCAGCAGAAUCCCAUUUUGCCAGAUCAGUCUGAAGGUAAUGACUUUUGGCAAGAGGGAUUCUGAGUGACUAAUUUGAUUAGUCAAUUUGAUCUCUUUUGUUUACUUAUAUAUAAACGGUAGGCGGUCUUUGAUCCCCAGUUCCGUUCCCACCCAUCCCCCCAAAAAAGUAAUAAUGACUUCCAUGCUGCCUGCUGUGUUCCAGAUCACAGGGCUAGUCAAAGCUCAAGAAAAAUUGGGGCUUUGAGCAUGGUCAGCCUGUUUUGAUUGUACAGGAUUUGGCAAUACUAGCUUAUUAAAGUGGUCAGAAUGUGUUUAGCGUUAGGAAACUAGAAAAGGUUACAGGAGAAGAAUGAAAUCUGUUGUCUCUUCACUUGACAGUAACAUUAAUUGAAUUUUGAUUUCUCCAGACCCACUUGGCUUGGAGCUCCUCUGUCUUGCCUGGUAGGCAUUUGACCUGCUGACGUGGCUGCGCUCUGGGCACAUACGCUUUUAAAUCAGCAUUGUAGAAUGGAAUUAGUCAAGCAAGUGUGCCAGUAUCUUACUCUUACCAAAAAAAAAAAAAAAGAUGGUUUAGUCUUAGAUGCACCUCACUGCCUACCACUGUAUGGCUUUAGGAUUUAUGGUCACCUCCUGGAAGGUAUAAAAUUCCAGGCUUUCUCUUCUUGUAGUCCGUUUCCCAGACUUGACUUUCGUUUUUCAUUCUUUCAAUUCAUGACAAGUUCCAAACUUUAUUUCUUUUAGGCACAACUUUCUCCCUCUGUGCUUCUCCUUUCCUGUCUCUCUUCUGCCUCUCCUCUGUUCCCGAUUCCCUCUUUCUCUCCCUUCUUUUCUCACAUCUGCCAAACCAGGAACUUUGAUAACCUGCUUAAUGUCCCAAAGUGCAGAAAUCUGAUGGUGCUCAGGAAUCUAAUCCCCCCUGCAAAAAACCAUCCCCUUUAACUGCUUCUAAAGUAACUGUGUUGACCUUUCUUCUUAGUUUUUUUUUUUUUCUCUUGAUAUUUGGUGCUCCAAGCACUUUUUUGUUUGUCUCUAAGUUGAGCGCUUGGAGGUUGACAGGUAGUCAAAUGAAUGUAGUUUGACACUGUUAAUUUGUUAAAUGAACACAGUCAAAAGUUUGUUGACAAAUGAGUGAAGAAUGUUGAGGAAAAUUAUGCUUUGUACAAAUAAAGAACGUUCUUGUUAAAAGUGA